AUGUCGACCAGGAGAGGGGUCGGCUUGGGUGCCUUCACGAAUAGAAAUGCCACUGCUCAAUCCUACGCUACGCAUGGCUCGAACUUGAAAUCCGCCAACGCAGCCUCGCUUCAGGCACAGCUGGAGGUUUUCCAGUCUCUCCUCCAUAACUUCGCACUCGAACAUGCGGCGACAAUCAAAACCAACCCAACAUUCCGCGCAGAGUUCGCGCGAAUGUGCAAUGCCAUCGGUGUCGACCCUCUAGCCGGCUCCAACAUCAAAGGUAAAAAGGCGGAUUCGCUCUGGGCCAAGGUCCUGGGGCAUGAUGUCAACGACUUCUACUUUUCAGUUGCCGUGAGAGUUGUGGAGUUAUGCCAGGCGACGAGGGCAGAAAAUGGCGGGUUGAUUGGACUGAAGGAGUGCUGUGAGAGUGUGGCCAGGGGAAAAGCCAUUGGCGGUGGUCUGCAAGUGUCAGAGGAUGAUAUCGAGAGGGCUGUUAAGUCGCUGGAACCCCUUGGGUCGGGAUUUGUUAUUCUCACCAUCGCCAACAAGCGGUUCAUCCGAUCGGUGCCAAAAGAAUUCAACACAGAUCAAUCCACCGUUUUGGAAGUUUUACAACUACUUGGCAGUGUGACAGUGUCCCUGCUUCAGGUCAACCUGGGCUGGGAACGGGCUCGUGCCGAGACAGCCGUGCAAGAUCUACUAGCCGAUUCUUUGGUAUGGGUGGACUACCAGUGUCCAGAGCCGGAAUACUGGUCACCCCAAGGACUUCUAGACGAGAGUGAUUGA